CAUACCCGCUUAUUGCCCUCGCCUUUUACGUUGACUACUCGAACUAGCUCUACUUUAACAUUAUCUUUAUAACGUACCUUGUACGCAAUUUCGGCUGCGGUACCAGCUCCAAGCUCUUUUCAACUACCGACAUUAUCGACGCUUUUCCUUGUCUCUUUCUAUUUUAUCUCGAUACGGCCGCUUUCCAUCAUGUCCGGCUCCCCACAUUCUUCUCUUUCCACGCCGAUUCCACCAACGCGAGCCCCUCCUUCUCCUCCAGAAUCCGUUGUCUCUUCGUCUACAGGCUUUCUUAAUCCCAACGCAGGCGAUUUUGUACCAUCUUCUCUACCAGACUCUCGAUACAAGCUUCAUUCCAGCUCUCCAUCUUCUGCAUCAGUACAUUCUUCGCCAGGCUCUUCCUCGACAUCGACCUCAGUUUCGUUUACCUUAGCUCCAUCAAUCUCAACAUUUGCUUCGUUUUCCAGUAACCCUUCGCGAUCAGAAAUCACGCCUUCGACAACCCAAUCGUCGUUCUCCUCGUACCAUUCGCCCUUGAGUAACCCCAGCCAGAUCGCACGCCCUUACAAGCGCCGGGAUGGGUUGGAAGAAGCAGAGACUGGCUCUUCUGCUUCGGAGGACGCAGGAACGCUUCUCCGUUCACUUCGUAUUGGAAGCCCUUCAACCACCGCUCCCAACUCUGACCUUGAGCUAGGCGAGGUCACGGAUGUGACGACGUCGCCCCAGCGAGGCGAUCGUGCACCUCCGUCCGCUCUUCCGUCGUCUCCGGAAGUAGUGCCCUGUGCUCCAUCGAAGAAGGCAACCUAUAUUCCUUUGCCAGAUAUCGAAAUCCAUCAAGCGGCCCCAUCCUCGUUUAUGAACAGCGCUACGGUCACAGGUAGCGGCUUGACGCCUGCCUCCUCAGUUAAGAGUGAUGGAGGUGAUCCGUACGAAGAUUCCAAUAAGACUCCGAACCUUGCUGCGCCUUUUGGCCCCGUGAGGAGUGUCAGAAGCUUCACAAGGCACGUGGGGGAGAAGGAGAGUGGAUAUGGGUUUGUUUUACGAUUGAAGCCGCAGAAAAAGUGUAUCCAAUCUUUGAGACGCUUCAGGAAUCUGCAUCCGACAUUUUCGAAGCAAGUUCAUAAGAUUCCUGGAACGACUUACGCCCAGGCCCCAUCUAUCUCCUCCAGUCACUCAGCAUCAUCUGUUGAUCACGGUGAUGACUCAUUCAAAGCGAAAAUGGAAAGACUUCACGACCCCAAUAGCACAAACCUAUACAUUGAAGGUUUACCAUUGAGCAUCGACGAAUCUUCUUUGGGUGCCUUGGUGUCUCCUCAUAGGAUCAAGAGCAGUAGAUUCUUCCAAACAAGACUCAGCAAUCCUCCACGAAUCAUAGCCUUUGUGAGACUGGAUACCCGCGCUGGUGCCGAAGAAGUCAUCGAGCGUCUGCAUGGACGUAUGGUGAGAGGCUGGAACGACCCUGGUAGCCGGAUUUCUGUUCGCUUUGCCGAUACAUCUGAGCAGCGCGAGUUACGUCGUACUGAGCGCUCUGUGAAGGAGGACGAUCAGUCCCCAUCAAGGUUAACCAUCGCUCAAGCUGCCCUCCUGAACUUGCACGGACGAGAGCAGCUGCGAUCCCAACAGACGCAGGUUCCUCUGACUAUCGGUGGCAGUCGUAUUCGCCCUUCCCCCGUUGCUGUUGACUAUGACCAGUCCACGUUCGUCAAUCUUCCUUUCCGCGAUUUCUCCUCGAAUGCCGCCAUGUCAGCCGGAUUUGGCUAUCGAGGCAAUGAUAUCCCUAUCAAUUCCAAUCCAGCCCUGGCAUCUUCAAGGCUUCCUAUGGGUGCUCGCGUUCUUCAACAGUCGCCAUAUGACCAGUUCCCUUCUGCAUCUCAAAGUCAAGAACUCGCCGCCUUGAUCAGUACCCUUCGUAACAACGGCAAUUAUAAUGGUGCUGAUGAUCGGUUCACGGACGGACUCGCCCAUCAUCGCGGUCUUCCUCAAACGGCGGGUCUCCGUAGCGCCCUUGGUGACGUCGACAUUAACUUGGGAUACGAUAACCAUCACCCCGUUAUUGGUGGUGGUGUUGCUCAAGCAAGGAACGGAUUCACCGCAACGGAGGAAUACAUCUUGCAGGCCCAUGCCGCAGGAAGCAAUUUAGCGAGCCAACGUCGUCGACCAACGAGGUUGGAUCUGUCUCAAGCUCAGGCGCAAUGUCAAGGAGAGCCCACCGACUACAACUUACAGGCUCAACGGCAAGAUGCUUACCACUCUCCCCGCAUGAUGAACGGCUCUCUUCCCGCCCUACAGGAAGAGUUCCAAUCGUCGUCAGCUAUGCAACAAGGGCAGAACUUUCUUCGUGGGCAGUCUCGGAAUGGCAACACUCACCAGUCCAACGUGAAUGGUUCUCGUCUACCUGGUGACCGUGACGCUGACCAGAUUCACUCCCAUAUCUCAUCAUACUCUCAGAACUCCUCUCACGUCUCUUCGCAAGCGCCAAAUCGCAACCAGCAUAUUAAUCAGCAGGCUCAUGUUCGGUCCUCGACCCUUCCGCAUUCUACUUCGACUUCUUCUGCAGAACAGCAUCAUUCUCGUCACUAUCAGCACAGCAGCAUGAGUAUCCCAAAAUCGAGGAAUAUAUCCUCAGAAAUUCUACGUGCGACUGCGCAGCGCGUCCAACAGCACAGAUCCGCAAAUUCUAUCAGUAGCAUCAGCAGCGAAAACAAUAUUCACUCAAACAACAACAACCGCUUGUUCAACAACGACUCGUACGCGAGCGACCUGAAAAAUAAUGCCGGCAACUCUGCUAUGCUACGCCAUCAUCGCAGUAAUAUCCAGGCAGGCGACGACUUCAAGAACGAUUACGACGGACAUGUAUAUCCUCACAGCGUGUUCCCGGACCCUGACCGCGACGUCUACGAUGUCGAGCAGUCAUCCCCGCCUCUUGUUUCGCCUGCCUUGACCUACUCAUCCCGCGGGUCCGGGGCUACUCUCAGCCCUACUACGCCUUUUGUUGGUUCAUUCUCGCAGCAGCAAAGUCUGUCUGCGGAGGGAGCAUAGUCUUUUCUUUCGCUACUUAAUAUAUCGCUAUCACUAUCGCUUGCAUGAAGUUGAGUUUUCCAGGACAAUGUUUAGCUACUAGUACUGUGUAUCAGUGUACGAAUUACCUCUUUGUUAGUUAUUCCGAACAGAUUGUAUUAUCUGAUUCUAGAAGGGUU